UGACUCUCUCUUGCGCCCAUCGCAGCUGAGUUGGCUGCAGGGUGAGGCUGUGGCACCAGAGUUUGAGCUGACCAUCUCACCUCUUUCCCUGCACAAGUGAAAAAUACAAGAGAAAAUAUAAGGUAUCUAGUUGAAUGACCAACCCAUUCACUAUGGAGCUCGAAGGGGUGCUGACCACCUUGUUGGGCAUUUGCCUGGUCCUUGUUGCUGCAUGGAAGUGGAAGCACAAAGAGGGGAGGUUUCCACCUGGGCCAAUGCCUCUGCCUUUCUUUGGCAACUUACUGCAACUGAACCCCAAGGAUCCCCUCAAGUCCCUCCUAGCGCUGAGGGACAAAUACGGCCCAUUAUACACAUUGUACCUGGGGCCCCGCCGGGUUGUGGUUCUUUGUGGGCUUGAGAUACUGAAGGAAGCACUGGUGGACCAUGGUGAACAGUUCUCUGGCAGGGGAGAGAUGGUUAUCAUUGACCAGUCCUUUAGAGGUUUUGGAAUUGCUUUCUCCAAUGGGGAGCGCUGGAAGAAGUUGCGACACUUCUCUCUCAACACGUUGAAGAAUUUUGGGAUGGGGAAAUGCUCCAUUGAAGAACGAAUCCAGGACGAAGCACAGUACCUGCUGGAGAAAUUCAGAAAAACUCAAGGUCUGCCCUUUGACCCCACCUUCCUUCUAAGCUGCACAGCUUCCAAUAUUAUUUGCUUCAUUGUCUUUGGCAAGCGUUUUGAGUAUGACGACAAGACCUUUCUCUACCUGUUGGAUGUAACAAACAAAGCCUUUUGUGAGAUGAGUACCCCUUGGGCACAGCUGUAUGAUAUGUAUUCUGGCAUCAUGAAGUACUUUCCCGGGGGACACAGCCGUCUCUACAACCUCCUGGAGGAACAGAAAGCCUUCAUUGCUGAGAGAAUCAAAAUCAAUCAAGAAACCUUAGAUCCCAAGAACCCAAGAGAUUUUAUUGAUUGCUUCCUCAUCGAGAUGGAGAAGGAAAAGGGAGACCCUUCCACAGAAUUCACAAUGAAUAAUUUGAUCAUCACAGUUCUCAACUUGUUCUUUGCUGGGACAGAAACUAUCAGCGGUAGCCUGAGAUACUUUCUCCUCCUGAUGCUGAAAUACCCAGAAGUGGAAGAGAAGGUGCACCAAGAAAUUGACUGUAUUAUUGGUCGCAAUCGUGUCCCUGCUGUCAAGGACAGGGUGAACAUGCCCUACACGAAUGCUGUCAUCCAUGAGAUCCAAAGGCUGGUAGAUAUGCUUCCUGUAGGAUUGCCGCACAAGGUAACUGAAGACACCGAGUUCCGGGGUUACCUUCUUCCCAAGGGCACUAACAUCAUUACCUUACUAGGCUCAGCUUUGCAUGACCCCCAACAUUUCAGUGACCCUGAAGUAUUCAACCCUGAGCGCUUCUUAGAUGAAGAAGGACGCUUUAAGAAGAUUGAUGCCUUUGUGCCAUUCUCCUUAGGGAAGCGUUCCUGCGCAGGAGAACCUAUGGCCCGCAUGGAGCUCUUCUUGUAUUUCACGUCCAUCCUGCAAAACUUCUCAGUGAAAUCCUCUCUGGAUCCAAAGGACAUUGAUAUCUCUCCACAACUAAGUGGCUUUGCAAGAAUCCCUCCUGUCCACCAGCUGUGUUUGAUGCCUCGCUAAUUUUGCUAAUCUAAUUUUCCAUCUUUUCUAGUAG